AUGGAUGACGUGCCAACGUCGUGCUACUGUAGCAUGGUGGCAAGCAGUUCGAGUGACGUCACCAAUCAACGUAACACGAAACCUACCGCGAUCCCUAAAGUAGUGCUAGAGGAACAGUCUGCUGGGUUUCCGGCCGACAUGAUUGGUUUUGUGUGGCAAUGUUCUGCUGCACCUCAUGUUAACGACGACUUCAUAGAGGCGCCCGUCUUCUUCUAUGACAUGGACUACGAUCUCAAAGAUUUAAACACAGCUUUAAAAGGGGCCGAGUUCCUGCAAGACUCCGGCUACCAAUCGGUUUUGGAACGGUCGGCACAUCCGUUCUCGUCUAGUAUUGUCGAUGACAUUUCCCAGUUGAGGGUAGCGAUCCGCCAACUGACUGUGUUAUAUAGUUGCGAUGCGAAUGAAGUUGUCAUGAUUGCUCAAGCAAUUAGUCAAUAUGUCUAUAUACACUGUGGUGUUCGUAAUGCAGAGAAGUUCGAGUAG